AUGCACUACUCGAGCUUCCUCGGCCUCGCGGCCUCCAUUGCUGGGGCGCAGGCGCUCUCGACCGGCUUCAACUACGGCGCGACGCAGUCCGAUGGCUCUACGCCCAUGGAACAGUCGGACUACCAAUCGCGCUUCGAGCGCGCGAAGUCGCUCCAGGGCACCGACGGUGAAUUCACGAGCGCCCGUCUGUACACCAUGAUCCAGUCGGGAACCACCGACUCGCCGUCCUCUGCCUUCCAGGCUGCCAUCGACACCAAGACCUCCCUUCUCCUCGGUAUCUGGUGCAGCGGUGGACAAGAGGUUGUGACCAACGAGCUCAGCGCCCUCAGCGCCGCGAUCGAACAGUACGGCAGCGAGUUCACCGACCUCGUCGUGGGCAUCUCCGUCGGCAGCGAGGACCUCUACCGCGUCUCGCCCACCGGCAUCGAGAACGACAGCGGCUACGGCGCGACCCCCAACGAGCUCGUGAGCUACAUCAAGCAGACCCGCCAGGCCAUCUCUGGCACCUCCCUCUCCGGCGCCUCGCUCGGCCACGUCGACACCUGGACUGCGUGGGUUAACGGCUCCAACUCCGCCGUCACCGAUGCCGUCGACUGGCUCGGCAUGGACACCUACCCCUACUUCGAGAACACCGAGGCCAACAGCAUCGACAACGGCAAGGAGCUCUACUGGGACGCCUACGACAAGACCAAGGGCGUUGGCGGCGGCAAGGAGGUGUGGAUCACGGAGACCGGCUGGCCCGUGUCUGGCAAGGUUUCUGGCCAGGCCGUCGCGUCCGUCUCCAACGCUGAGACCUACUGGCAAGAAGUCGCCUGCGCCAUCCUCGGCAACUACAACGUCUGGUGGUACACGCUCGAGGACUCCAUCCCCACUACGCCCAACCCGUCUUUCGGCGUCAUCGGCUCCGACCUGAACAGCGCACCCCUCUACGACCUCAAGUGCGACAAGAAGAACAGCACCUCCACCGCGACUUCGACCGGCAAGCACUCCUCCCCCACCAAGUCGGCAGGCGGCCACCACACCAUGGGCAGCGGCCCGUACGGCUCUAACGGAACCAUGAGCGGUGUCGCCGGCCACGCUACCGGCACUGCCACUGGCCUCUUGACCAAGGCGACUGGCGGUUACGGUUCCAACCCAACUGGCGCUGGGGCUUCCCACGCUGCUGCUGGACCCGGUGGCGCGCCCUCUGGUACUGCCAGCGGCGGCGCGCCGUUUGCCAGCCAGACUGCCAACGCGGCUGUGCGUGCCGGCUCGGCGAUGGGUGCGGGUGUGAUUGCUGUGGUUGGGCUGAUGGCGGCGCUUUAA